CCGGGGCUCCUUCCGGAGGCUGCGGGUGGGUCUUCCACUUUCCGGCCGGUCUUCCCAGGCCGUAAGGGCUGCCUCUGCCUGGUUUUGUGUGGCUUUUGGCAUUGGUAGUUGUGAAGGGUUACUGCCGUUACUACAGCCCUCAAAGUUUCAGAUGCAAAUUGCUAAAUGCUGUCCCGGGUGCCAGUAUCAUCCAGAUUCUCCAGCCCAGAUCCGCUCUUUGGUGAAGUUGCUCCUGAGAUCAUCGAGGACACACUGAUCCAGCUGGCCAUGGAGAAUGAGCAGCACCUCAGCGUGCUGCCCGGCCCUGUGGGCUGCUUCAGGGAGGCACGUGCUGUGGAAUUUAUAUUCCUUCUGUCUGAAAAAUGGCACCUGCACCAACCAGCAAGGUAUCAAGCAGUAGAGCUACUUGAAAGGUUUAUGAUCAAGCAAGUAGAACAAAUCUGUACGUCCCCCCGACAGAACGUCACAGGCGGUGAAGAAGGCAGAAGCCAGAGCUCUCUGCAAGAACAGAUCUAUGACACAUUUGUCCUACGGCUGGUGUCGUGCAUUCAGCUUGCGAGCAAACUUUCCUUACACUAUAAUGCAGUUAACAGUGACACAGCUGUAAAAUUUCUGCAAUCCUUAAAAUACUCAUACACUAAACAAGAGUUGCUUGAGUCAGAGCUUGCUGUUUUGGAAACUCUGCAGUUCCAGAUCAAUGUGUCGACUCCACUGGCUUACAUUGAACUGCUUCUAGAGGUUUUAGGACAUAAUGGCUGCUUACUUCCUGCAAGACCGCUGCAUCAGAUGUGCAUACAACUACUAGACUUCUUCUAUCUUAAAAGAGAUACCAUCUAUGACACUUUACUGAGUAUUGCCAUUGAGAAUUUGACACCAAGUGAACUGCAGAUAGCAAAGUUCUUGAUAGUAAAGGAAGAUUUAAUGCUCUUGGCAGUUGGAAUCAUCAGCACAAGUGCUUUCGUGUUAAACCCUGAGCACUGGAAGAAGGUACAGUCAUUUCCAAACAAAUUACCUCUAUGUGUGGGGAAAAAAGUGAAGGUUAUUUAUAUAUUUAAGAACAGACAGAGGUUGGUAGACUACUGGGAGAGAAAGUGACAUCCUUUGGUUUAUUCGCAGGAAGUGUGCAUGGUUUUAUAAGAUAGGUCAGAGGGCACAAAGGCAGUUCAGCAGCAAGGCUUGUGCUGGUGUUACCAUCAGCUUAUCCUCCUGCCUCAGCUUUUGUACAGCUCGAACUCAGUGAGUCAGUUUCGUUGACAACCGGACAAUUUUCUGCCCAAGCUGCUACUGAAUAAUAAGCAGUGCAUUGCAGAAAGCAGCUUUUUCAUUUUAUUCCUUUAGUAGAGGCAAUUCAUUUAAAAAACAAACAAGAACAAAAAAACCCACCCCUUGCUCUGACAUACAGAAAGGUUUUGACUUAAGUCAAAAACACGACUUGGGUUUGUGGAGCAUUAUUAUUCUUAGAUAUGGGUAGGGCUAAGAAGUAGCUCUGUAAAUUAAUGUAUUUUAGGCACUGUAAAUAAGUGGGGUUUUUUUGGUUUUUGGUUUUUUUUUUUUUUUUUCCUAAGGUUGUGGAACAUCUAAACUGUAUUACUGGCAUUACUUCACAAAGUAUCUCGGAGUUUUCAUAUGCAGUACUGAAACACGUUAUUGGCAGCAUCACUCCAAAACAGCCCCACAGGAGGUAGAAGAAAAAUGCCAAAGACUAGAAUUAUGCCUUUUAUAUACAGCUAUCCUCUGUAUCUAUUAGUUAGUUUGUUAGUAGCAAAGUUACUCUUUUGAUGGUAUUUCACCUCCUGUGAUACUACACAGGGCACCCAAAUUGAUUUUCUUUUGAUUUUGAAUACCAUGUCUGUUCUGUAAUACUUCAUUUGCUAUGUUUAAGUUAGAAAAGCUUGUUCUUCCAGGCUACGCACUCGCGCCGUGAAGACAGGUACACAGGAACAAAGCAGUGUUUAGAACACCUUUUUCAGCUCCAAAAGCUUUAUUUUAAGAGCUACAUUUAACUUACUGAAUACGUUUUGUUUGAAAACUGUAAGGAGUCUUAAUUUGAAAAAGCAUUAAUGUGAAUGUUAUUCAGCUUGGUCAUCAGUAUUGCUACAAGUUCACAAGCUCAGUUGUUACAAACCGGGCUGUACUGUGCUGCUGGUUCAAAAACUAACUGCUGUUUCAGACAGCUUGCUGCAGCCAGGUUGCUUGUCAGUUUUCCCUUUGCCAGUGGUCAGAGGCUUGUUUGCUCUUGCCUUCAGCAAGCCAGCUAGCUGGGCAGUGUUGUGGAAAGAAAAACUCUCACCUGUUUUGAAAGCUGAGUGCAGUUGUCAAGGCAGCAGGUGCCUGUUCAGCAUAACUGCAUAAGUGCUGAGGGAUGCUUAGGCUGUGACUAGUGUUAGAUGAACGCAAUCUCAGGGUAGAACGGGCUGUUUUAUCUUUGGUGUUACUCAGUGCACCUCUGUGCAGUAACACGCUACAGCAAGUAUUACAAAUAGGUGAUAUCACUGUAGUAACGGUAUUUUGCAGUUUCAAACCCUUGUAAAGUUCAGUGGCAAAAAGAAAUGUAGAUAUGACUUAGAAAAUAUUUAUUUUAAGCUGUACUUCUUCAGUGACCAAACAGACUUUCCAUGCGUUUUUCCACAGUAGUCCCUGUUAGAAACAUUUCAUUUUUCUAACCCCUGUUUUGUUAAGCUGUAACAGUAGUAUCAAACUCGCUGGCAUUUUGAAGUUUGACAGUAACUUAUAUACAUAUCUAUAAACAUCCAAAAUGCCAGUUUAAUGUUUAUUCAGUAGCUGAUUUUUUUUCAAAUUCAGUUCAGCUCAAUUAUAUAAUUUUACCUAUUGCUUUUCUACAUACUACUUGCAAUAACGUUUUUUUUUUAUUUUUUAAAUAAAGUGUCUUGUGAAUUUUUGGUAUUGUAAACAUUUUGUACUGGUUAGUAUUCAGAGACUUCU